ACAACAUAAGCUCGAACCCACCCCAAACAUUGAAAAAUCAGGCGAUCAAACAGGUCAAUUUCCCGAGUCAUUUUGUGUUUUGUGUGCAUUCAAUCGCAAUUAUGGCCCUCGCUGAAGUUUGUGGGCUCAACAACUUCGUUAAUUUCAAUUCAUUCAACGAGAAUAAUCAACUGCAGAAUGAAAUCGAGAGUUAUAGCCGGAAUUUUGGUAAUAACUUGUCUCUAGCCGUUCCUCCGUACGCAAAUCCAGCUGAGGGACUCGCACAACUGGCCAGCACCCCCGAUGACAAUGGGAAACACUUGAAAAUUAAGUUUGAUCAUGGAACUACUACUCUUGGAUUCCGGUAUCAGGGGGGUGUCAUUCUGGCUGUCGAUUCGAGGGCCACUGGGGGCCAGUUCAUCGGCUCCCAGAGUAUGAAGAAAAUUGUUGAAAUCAAUGACUACUUACUCGGCACCCUGGCUGGUGGGGCUGCUGACUGUGUCUACUGGGAUCGAGUUCUUGCCAAACAGUGUCGCAUGUAUGAAUUGAGGAACAGAGAACGCAUAUCAGUCGCUGCUGCCAGCAAACUCAUGUCUAAUAUGGUUUACAAUUACAAGGGGAUGGGAUUGUCGAUGGGCAUGAUGAUUGCUGGAUGGGACAAACGUGGCCCUGGCCUCUACUACGUCGACUCCGAAGGCACCAGGACUCCUGGCAAAGUCUUCAGCGUCGGUUCAGGAUCAGUAUUUGCAUUUGGAGUGUUGGAUUCUGGGUAUGACUGGAAUCUCACUGAUGAGGCUGCUUAUGAUCUGGGGAGAAGAGCUAUCUACCAUGCUACACACAGAGAUGCUUAUUCUGGUGGCAUUAUCAGAGUUUACCACAUGAAAGAGACUGGCUGGGUCCACAUUUCCGACGAGGACUGCAAGGACCUCCACUACAUGUACCAGGAGGAAAAGCAGAAAGCUGCCCAAUAAUUAAUUACAAUUGAAUCAUUCUCUUUAAAAAAUAUUUUUAUUUCCCAUUUAUUAUGUACUUCAACGAAUAAAAUACUGUGAAAACACUCGA